GCAAGCUCCGACCCUACUUUUCUGUUUUGUGAUUAUUUUGUCGUUUAUUUUUACUUUAUUUUCACGAAAUGUAUGAGAUAUUAUUUCUUACAACUGACAAGUUUCUAAUUUCUCGUGUCUUUUUCUUCUAGUAUUUACAAUGGACGAUAACUAAAAAGAAAGACAUACCCCGUCCUCACUACGACUACCAGAAUUCAAUGCGCACAUGAACAAGAGGCUCCAGACUGUUAACGCGACUGAACAAAGUGAAUCGGAUUUAUUGUGUAUAUUAUCCUGGGGUGUAGCAGCCAAACAACAAGAUUGUGUUGCCAUGGAGCCCUGCGGAGGAAAUGAGCCAGCAAGUUAUACAAAGCAUUUGUCUGCUGGCUGUGAGCAGACAGUCAUGGGUGGCCAGGAUUCACAGACUGAGGUAAAGCCUCCAUCUGACACAUUUGAUGCUGUGCCCCCAGAGCCUCAGCCAUCAGGGAAACUGAAGAGGACUGCCUUAAGAUUCUUUGGCGGACGUAAAAGCAUUUGUGUUUUGCCCAACUUCUUUGGAGGGAGGAACAAAAAUCAGAACAAGUGUGCCUCUAAAAAGGGAGUAAGCAAGAGUAAAACGCAUGAUGGACUUAGCAAGGCAGGUUGGGAGGACAGUCUGGGAAGUGGAUAUGUUCCAGCAGGAGAUUUUGAGUACCACAGCCAGACUCCUAGCACUUGUUGUAGUGAAUUUGGUCACUCUACUGGUGAUCAGAAGUCCUUCUCCCUCCCCCGGCAGAAAAAGGGUUUGAGGGGACUUUUUAACAGCAUCAGGCGUCAUAGAAAGAAUAGAAAUUGUGAUUUAGAAAAAAAUGAAAUGGUUGCAAUGUCUCAUGUCUGCAACAAAGAGGUGCCUAUUGCCCAGACUAAGAUUGACCAAAAUGACACUGAGUGCCUGAACAGUUUGUCUGAAUCCAAUGUGCCUGUUUCUGCAAAUGUCGAAGAUUGUUUGACUAUUGCACCUGAAUGUAUUAAUGUUGAUGUCAUAGUGUCUGAGAACAACAUGGUGAAACAAAGGAGUGUGGAUUCUCUUGUAGGGGAACUGAUGAAAGGCAAGGACAUUGUAGCAAAGAAUGAUAUCCCAAAUAAACAUGAAGAGACACUCCAUGAAACCACUGAACCUGGUUCUCUCCCGAACACCAACCUAGAGUCUACAGUGAACGUACAGCUGCCUACUGGCUCAUCUCAAAUAAGCUUGCUUUAUGGUGAUGUGGCAUCACUGAAGAGUUUUGACUCACUCACUGGCUGUGGUGACAUAAUAGCUGAUCAAGAUGAUGACAGUAUUGCAGAGAGCACAGUCUCGGGGGAAAGGAGUCGAAAUGCAGGCAAAAGGAGUUCCUGUUAUGUUACCUACCAAGGUGGAGGAGAAGAAAUGGCCACCCCUGAUGAGGUGGCUGGAGAUUAUCUCCACGACCUCUGGGAAAAUGAUGCUGCAGAGAACAUGUGCUAUACAGACAGCCAGGAACCAGACUUUCUAGAACACAGUGAAAGUCCUAGGAUGACACCUGAAGAGCCAUCUAGCUCCUAUAACAUGGACAUCAGCAACAACAGCAAUGGUGAUGUUGAAGUUACAGAGACCACCCUUACAUCUGCGGAUGUCAUGACCCCUCAGAGCGACCAUCAAGAGUCAGUUCCUAACAGCGAUGAGGGUUACUAUGACUCUACCACCCCAGGACAAGAUGAAGACGGACGUGACAAAGUUGACAAGAUCAGGACGGAUAGACUACCAAGGGACAGUUACAGUGGCGACGCUCUGUAUGAGCUUUUUGAGCCCGAUGACAGUCUUAUCAGUCCACCUCUUGAAAAAUCUAAGCUGCCUGAUCCACUUGAGUUUUUAGAAAUACCAGCUCAGUGUAGUGAUGUAAAUGCUAUGUUUACUCCUGAAACAGAUCUAAUGGAAGAGGACAGGCUGACUUUGAUCCAGCAGGACCUUCUCUGUGCGGAGUUGAAAAGCAUGUGUAAACUUUCCAAAGAGCAGGCUCUGUUCACCAAAGGGAGGAUCCACCAAGAUAAUAGCUUCCAGGAAAGCAUUUCUAAGGUCAACACAAAAACACAAGCCUCCAUGAAAGAGGACCAGGUCAACCCAGAGGCUUUGAAUAAAAAAGAAUACCGAUCGCAUGCCAUAGAGCAGAGAUAUUUCAAAGCCUGUAAUGGUGGGAAUAGUGAGAGAAUGUCAGAUGCAGCUUUUAGCUCCCUUGCCUCAAAAACAUGUCAAUCACAAGGAAUGUGCCCUGAGCAAAACAAGCCACAGUCCCCCCACUUAAGAGGAAAUCAUGAUAUUUCUAAAGAAACAAAUAAUGACUUGAAGGAUGACCAGGCAAUUUGCUUCUCCCAAGCCCUAGUGGACUUUACGAAACAGUCACAGUUUUAUAGUAAUUCAACUGAAAGCAUGGAAGGCUCUGAGUCAGGCUCUCCCUUUUCCCAAAACAUGCAAUCCCUCCCUGCCAUUGUCACAUUUGAUGUCGUGGACAUGGAUAAUGAGGGGGAAUAUGACCAGCAGAUGGAUAUGGUAAUGGAGGAGGAAGACAUCACGUCGCCUUAUGAAGUGUUUGAAGAAAGCUACCUGCAAAAGGAUGCGUUUGCUGAAUGUGACUUACAAAUGUUUGACCUCUAUGAACGGAGUCUCCUCAGUAAUACUUGGGGAAUCGCCAGCCUGCCACGUCACCUUAGCCUUACACGAGUCCAUCAGUCGAGUCUACUGGCUCCUCUGCCGAGUCCUCUGGCCUUAAAUAGGAGGAGUAGAUCCCUGGACACAGAGAGCUUGGAGUUAGAGAUGACUGACAUGUAUUUAGGGAGUGGGGCAGCGCUAGCGUCAUGCCCUAGAACUGAAAGAGUCUCAAAGAUGGUGUCCUUACUUCACCGCAAAAAUAAUGGUCACAUUUCCACUUCAGAAAACGGGGACAAUAGAAACAUGUUGCAGUCAUGGCAACCAGAGACUGAGGGGACUGUAACCCACCCAGGAGCAGAUGGGAAAAGAAAAGAGCAGACGCACAGUCUCUAUCAAACCCAAGACGGACGCAUGGUAUCAUUCAGUCAGCCUGUUAGUCGAGUCCCAAACUGUAAACCUCAUCCGAUCUCAGCUAGCAAACUGGCUGACAGAGUAUCCUGUAAUUCUAUCCCUCAGAAUACAGGACCGUUGCAUAGGCCAUCUCAUCUUCCUUUGCAAUCAGAAUCCUGUCGGCCUCAGGCCCCUGGUCGACCUCAUGCCCACUAUGGGAGAUCAGAUAAGGCAUCAGGUGGUGGGGGUGAGGCCCUUUUUUACACAUCGACUGUUGACUCUCAUCCUUAUAAUCAACACAGUAAGAUUAGGCCAGUGGGGAUCACCCAUGGAAUGCCUCAUCUUUGCUCUGAGUCUGGGAGUCCUGUAAGCCCAGUGGACUAUGAGCAGUUGCCAGACUUCACCAGUAAGGGAAGAAAAGCAGUGGAAAUGGUGCGCCCUGUUGAAUGUAACAAACACAUGUCUGGAGCAAAUCCCUAAAAAUGGGAUGAAACCUCUACAGUUAGCAUAUAGGCCUGUAUCCCACGUUUUCAUACUAUGUGCCACCAAAAAGACACCAUCUAGUACGUUUACAUCACCGAAAAUAGAAUGAUUGUCUGUUACCGUUAUUACACAUUGCAAAUACGCUGUUUUGAUUAAUAAGCUAUUGUAUUUCAAUGUGAUGUACAAGCCUUAGAAUUUGUGUUGCAAUGGAUAAGGAAGCCUGUGCUGUUCUAUCAUGCUGCGUUAUCUUGUGAACAGUCGUCAAAAUACAGACUCUCCCAUGCAAUCUUUCAUUAAAAUGUUCAGGCCGGAGUAUACCUUGCAUUUGCUCAGCCCAGCGUUAGGCUGCACAUCACAUUUUAUUACACAUAUUGGUAGUUAAACUACAUGGUAUUUUCACCCUGUCAAGUUGUAGGUAGCCUUUAGUCUUUUUAAUGACUUUCUUUCCAGAAAGCUGUUUACUGCAGUCUUUGUGCUAGUACACUAUUAUGAUGGUAUUAGAUUGUGAUGCAUUUAUAAGAUUCAGCUUCAACAUGCAGAUUUGGAUAGCAGGUCAGUUAACCUUUUUUAGAUAUCAAAUGUAGGGGGAAAUGCAUCGAUAAUGUCUUACAUUUUCGUGAAACUGAUUUUGUUGGUAGGCUGUAAACUGUGUGUUACAAUGUGUUUUACAUUUAGAAUUUAUUUAAUCUUACAUCAGUUAACAGUUGUACCUUUAAAAAAAAUAAUGGUUACGCUGUAUGUUUUAUUUUUGGUUGACAGAAUCUGAUAUCUGAAAGUAAUGCUUUGUUCUUUAGAUUUGUAUUCUGUAGUACCUCUGCAAGAAUUCUAAAAAGUGAUGUUAAAUUUGUAUUCACAACCAAUCCAUCUGCUGAAAACUGAUAUAGAUUGAUUUUACCCAGGUAAUCGUAGCUCAACUGUCUGCUGGCAAAGUCUGUGAAAUUGUAUCAUGCUGGUUGGCAUUUUGGGAUAUUGCCCCAGUUACCAUUUUUUUUGUCUAGCACUAUGAAGAAUAGAAUGCAGCCUUGCACUUAAAUCCUUGAUACAUUUGUUUUGUUUGUAGAUAAAAAGACAAAAAACAAGGGGAUGGUUGGGAUAUUUUUUUUGUGUGCCGAUUUUAGUAGAUUCAUCAUAAAUGUUCCUUAUUUCUGUGAUUAUCAUACUAUUGUAAGACCUUUUCGAUAUAUUAUACUCAUUGACCAACUCCGCAUUUGUUUCUACAUCUCAGCACUUUCUUUUCUACACUACAUUGUCUGUUUCAUCUGUAAGACCUGUCCUAACUACAGUUAGUUUUAUGUAUUUACUGAGCACAUGGCUACAUGUUUAACUUUUGUAUUUUGAGCAUUAAUACAUCUUAUCAUGAUUCUUGUCUUUAAAGUGGCAAUCUGCAGUUCCAACAAUAACAAAGCGGGCACCCCCCACUGAUCUGGUAAACAGCUGAGGGAUAGGGCAGAAGAAAUGUAUCCACUUUCAAACUCAUGAACAGACCUAAUAUGUAUCAAUGAUGAUAUCAAAAUGAUAGUUUUAAUCGUGAUUUUAGGCUAUACAGUGUUUGUUUACUUUUAGCAACAUUAAUUACAAACAAAGGAAUAAGACAUUUUGUGUUCUGAUUGGGUAUGGCAGUUGCAGUAAUCUCAUGAGGCAUCUUGGCAUUUUAUUCUUCAAGAACAUUAAGUCUACAAAUGUAUGUAACUGCUGCAGAUUGCCCCUUUUUAAGUUAGAUUUUCCCUAUGUUAUUGUUUUCUGUCAGCUGUUACAACUGAAUUUGUUGUGGUAAGCUAUCUGUGACAAUUUCAUGCCCAAAGAUGAGUUUUCCCAUGUUGACAAAACCAAUUAUGGGAGCUUUAGUAUGUUUUUGCUCUCACUGGCAUUGACAAAGGGCACAUCUGUAAUUUGUAUCUUUUUCAACAAUAAGGAAUAGGCUGUAUAUGUAUAUCAAUUUCUUGAUUUGUCACGUACACGCCGAAGCAGCUGGUAUGAAUGAAAGCAAAUGUUCAAAUUUCUAUGCCUACAUGUAGCAUAUACAGUGGGGUCUGAAAUUAUUGACGCCCUUGAUAAAGUUGAGAAAAAAUUACUAUAAAAUAAUUAAAAUACUAUGUAUAUUG